AUGAAUGCGACUGUUCGCCCUAACGCUCCCAGACGACGUUUUCGAGGAGCUUUUCACCCACCGGCGAGCUUUAUCAUUCUUGUAACUUCCGUCGGCCAUUGCCACCGACGAGACCUUCCGAGCAAACUAUGCCUUGGCAACCUCCGUCACUCUCUGUCGGCAUCCAUAGAUUCCGACGAGACAUUGGAGUCUGACGAGAACUUCGAGAGAUUUGACCGCACUUUGUGUCGUCUGAUUCCAGAUCUGCAUAAGCUGCUCUUUAGCAAUCAAAGCCAAAGCUUCCCAUCAGACUCACUGCCUCUAAAGGGCCGGAGAUCUCGCUCACAUCCUCGUGCACUCUCAUCUCGUCUAAAGUUGGUCCCUCUGAUUCUUUUGAACUUUGUGCCGUCGGUCAAUGCAGGGGAUCCGACACAGGUUUCGAAUCUGCUCGGACCACAACCCUCUCGUAGUGAUUUUGUCGAGCGGAUGCAUCUCCUAUCACCCACCUUGGUCCACUCGCCGGACCGUCUCCUCAUCCUCACCGUCACUUCGCCUUCAUCUCAGUCUACGGCUUCAAAUACUGCUCCGUCGAUGGCGAGAGAUCGUGUCGCUGAUGAACCGCCGCCCUCUCCACAGACUUUCCUCUGGUGCUGUCAUAUCUAUACCACCAGAAGGGAACAAGGGCAGCGACUCUCGUGGGAGAAGCACUUCAACAGAAGCUCCGACAAUUGGAUGAGCAGGUUCAGCCGCGAAUACCGACCGGAUCUCUUGCACACCGUCGCGACCACCAUCGGAGAUCUCGCAUCUCGUCGAGUUCUCUCCAUCUCGAGAAGAAGCAUGACUUCUGGGCUUGGCCCAUUUCGAAUGUGUUACCAAGGAACCCAUUAG